AAAGUGGGUGCACUAUCUUUCCCCAUAUUUUCUUAUUCCCCCUUCUCUCUCCUCUUCCUCCACCCCUCACCUCCACUCCAUCAGGGCCACCUCCAUCCUCUUGCCCUUCAUCUUCUCCUUGUUCUUGGCUUUCUCAGGGCAGGGAGGGAAGGAGAGGAAGGAGGCAAGAGAAAGAUGCUGAUUUGAUUAGCUUUUGGUUGGGAAGAAGAGUUGGUGCAGUUGUAGUUGUGUGUGUGGAGAUGGACCCCAAGUUCCCCACACCCCCACCGCUGAACAAAACGGAGCCCACCACUGCGACGACGACCACCACCACCUCGACCACGCAGCAGCAGCAGCAGCUGGAUCCCAAGGACUACCACCAGCAGCAGCAGCCGGCGCAGCACCAGGAGCAUCACCACCUGCAAAUCCAAUUCCGCCAGCCGCCGCAGCAGGAUGGGGGCGGCGGGAAGGAGCAGCAGCUGCAGGUGGCGGCGGCGGGGGAGCGGAGGCAGCAGGCGCUGGCGCCCAAGCGGAGCUCCAACAAGGACCGCCACACCAAGGUCGACGGCAGGGGCCGCCGGAUCCGGAUGCCGGCGCUCUGCGCCGCGCGGAUCUUUCAGUUGACGAGGGAGCUCGGGCACAAGUCCGACGGCGAGACGGUGCAGUGGCUGCUGCAGCAGGCCGAGCCGGCCAUCGUCGCCGCCACAGGCACGGGCACCAUACCGGCGUCCGCGCUCGCCUCCGUGCCGUCGCUCCCGUCGCCCACCUCCGCGCUCGCCAGGCCGCAGCACCACCACCACCACAUGUGGCCUCAGCCCGCCGCGUCCGCUGGGUUCUCCUCGCCGGGCUUCUUGAAUUCCGCCGGCGGCGCUGAAGCCGCGGGUAUUGGCGGGCUUAUGCAGCGGAUGGGGCUCCCCGCCGGCCUCGAGCUGCCGGGCGGGGGCGCCGCCGGAGUGGGCCUCGGCGCUAGCGGGCACAUCGGGUUCGCGCCCAUGUUCCCCGGACACACCGCGGCGGCCAUGCCGGGGCUCGAGCUCGGCCUGUCGCAGGACGGCCACAUCGGCGUGCUCGCCGCUCAUUCACUCAGCCAGUUCUACCACCAGGUCGGGGCCGCCGGCGCUAGCGGCCAGCUGCAGCACCCGCACGCGCAUCAGCAUCACCAUCACCAGCAGCAGGAGGACGGGGAGGACGACCGCGAGGACGGCGAGUCCGACGAGGAGUCUGGGCAGUAGAAGGUCGUUCAUCCGUGCGUUUCUUGGUGUUCCUUGAAGAGGAGAAGGAUACAAGGAGAGAUAAGUGUAUGCAUGCAGCCACGGGAUGCUUGGAUUAUUGUUCUUCGAGUUGUGAUGGAUUUUUAUGUUCAUUUUUUCUCGUGUGGUAUCAAAACUCAAUGGAGGCCUCUUGCUCCGGGGACUUGUUGGAUCAAGAUCAUCCUCAGUUCUUGUGUACUCCCACUACUCCGUGGAUGAUCGCCCGAGUUUUCUCUCCAAAUUCCAGGUGUAUAAUAGCUGAAAGCCGGAUGGAUUGGAUGGAUCGCCCUUGAGUGAGUGCCUUUUUUGUUAAUCCAAGGUGUGUAGAUAUUCAGGUAAUAUUCCAGUUAGAGAGGUGUUUUUGAUAGGAGGUAUCUGCUAUUAAAGCGACAGAGGUAGUGUAGCGGGCAAUUUGAUCCUCCUCCACAGGUUGUUUCUGCAAUGCAAAUAUGAUACAUAUAAAAUUCUAGUUCCCUGAUUAUGUAUGCCUCUUUGCAUCUUC